AUGGCUAGGCAUCGCUCUUGUGUUUUUGACCAGCCACGUCGGAAGAAACCUCGCAAUAGUUUAAACGUUGCUCAGCUCUUAAUUGAAUCAGAUCGACUUGAGGAAGCAUCACGGAGUGUUCAGUAUCCAGAAGAUUUCAGUAACCCUGACCAGAACCCAUUUCAAGAUCCUGAAGAUGAAGAAGAAGAUUUGGAUGAAAAUGAACAAGACGAAAGCACAACUGCACCCGAGAUUUCAAUACCAAAUGGCACAACCGAUUCAACAUCAAAUGAUUUGCCUGCAAAUCCACUUCUGCAGUCCAUUUUUGACUACCACCGACAAGUACGACAACAAUCCCGAGCGGAUAGAGCCUUAAAAAACUGGGACGAACUUAACCCAAAGCUCCAUGGCGCAUACGUUUGGCUCAAGGAUCAAACUCAAAACUGGUCAAAUGACAAAUCAUUUGAUGACUUUCUUGAGUACUUUUGUCAAUGUUCUGCACAAUCUACCUCAACCCGUCCUGUAGACUUGGUGGAUCUCACUUGUCAAAAGCGAGUCGAAGUAAAAUUCUGUAAAUGUGUUCCAGAUCCGAUUCGUCUGCUUGCAAUGGGUUACUUAGCCAGCUCCCCAUGUACACCUCAAACCGCCUUCUCAAUGCAGCUUCUUGGUUUCCACAAUCAUUUGUGGCAAUGGUGUCGAGUUGGCUAUUUCCCAUUCAUGGGAAUGUUAAGAUGCUGGUUGGAGGAGCGUUCAGCCCCCCUAUUGACUCCAAGUGGAAAGAAACGAUCUCUCCGAAAGCAGUUCACCCAAUCGGUCGAUAUUUAUCGCAAAAUGCUUGAGAUGACCAAAAAAAUGGUAUCAGAAACCUUGAACUUGAGUCGACUUCAAAUUCUUGCCGGAAGAGCCUGUCCAGCAUGCUUUGGCCCCUCCAUCAACCCAACCAACGAAUCAACAGAAAGGCCACUUUUCAUCUGCCUGGAUGGAAAUUUCCAGCAUCGGCAUCACAAGUUGGGCAGCAAGAACUACGAGCCACUAGUCACACCAAACAUCUUUCUUGAACCAGGUGAGAUCAGAGAUAUGAAAGGCGAAAUCAAAGAACAGGAGCAACUAAACAAUGUUUGGAACACUAGGGAUAAGUGUUCCGAUUCCCAUAAAGCAGCAGACGACAAGCGAAACGAGGGAACAUGGAAACUGUGUGAUGAUACUGGUAUUAUGGGCUGCUGCUGCAGGCACGACUCAGCUGUUUACUUGGCAAACAUCCAUGCUGAAGGUGAAAAUCGUAGCUACCCGAUGGCUCUCAUCAAGCAAAUCACUUCGGAAGUACAACAAAACAGACCAUUAAGGGUGCUUUAUGACAUAGGCUGUACCCUCAAAAAGUUUAUUGAAACAAGGAAUCUCUUUCCUCAAGAUCGAGCUCGCUUUGCAUUUGGAACAAGUGUGUUUCACUCUUAUGUCCACAACUGGAAAUGUCAGAUCGAAUACAGUCCUCGCUUCAAUGAGGGUUGGGGAUUUUCAGAUGGUGAGGGUUUAGAGAGGCUUUGGUCCUAUCUAUCCCCUUUAGUGAGCUCCUUGCGGUAUUCUACCAGAAACCAUCGCCUUGGCGCCCUUUCACAUCUGAUCGAUUUCCACAACUUGCAAGGAAUCAACCGAUUAAUAUCCGGGAUUCGUCACAAAUUUGUUGUUGCUGAGGAGCGAAAACAGCAAUCCCAGGAAAAACUAUCAACCUUACUUUCUAUGGUCAAUCCAUUUGUACCAGAACCAUCAAACUACACAAGCGAAUUCUUCAAAUCUCAGUGGUCCGACCAAGUGGAUUUCCAGAAGACGCACUCUGAUGCAGAAACCGAGAGAAAUGAAAGAUUGGCAUUGUUCUUUGAGCGAGAGAGGAUGUUGGAUCAGCUAAGGACAUCACUUAAUGAUGCAAGCAACUUCAAUCUUCCUGGAGACAUAAUCGAGACACUUAAUGCGUUGCAACAGGAAGAACAAAAUCAAUCAAACGAUGCCGAAAUCUUAGGUGCUGAAGCUUGGAAUUUGACUGGACGUAACAGUGAAAUGCAGAAAGCGAUUCUUCUGGUUUGGAAGGCAAAAUCACAACUUUUUGAGCAGGCAGUACAACUACAUGCCGAGCGACAGCCUCUCUACCGUGGGACACACAUUGGAACAGCUCUGGCAUCAAGAAUUAUCAAAGCCAUUCAGCGACGCAAGGGACCGGUGGAGACUAUCCUCAAAAGGUUCAACAAGUAUCGGAGCGAGUACUUGACCAAAUUCCAACCUGAUCAGAUCAACCAUCCCGACAAUCAACCCCUGACCUAUGGUCAGUUUGAAAGCCUUAGCCUUGAUGAUGUCUUCUGGCAAGACAUGAACUUCUUUCACUCGAAUGCACCGUGGGCCAUCAGUCCAGAUGUUCGGAAUGGAAUUCAAGCAGUGCAUAGGUUUGAACGGGCCACGGAAGAAUUAAAAAUCCUGGCACAUGAGGUAGUUUGUGCUGUCUCAUGGGCAAUUGAGCUCAAUAAGUGCAUCAAAGAAAAGAUUUGUGAUAUCGAGGCUCUCAUGACUAGUGUGGAUAACCCCAAUGAGAAUUUGUCGAUUUCAAUUAGCACAUUUACAUCGAUAACAUUGGGAAACUGGGCAGUCUGGACAAAACUCGCCUUGAUCAAGUCAGAGCUGUUCCGAGAAUUGCGUAGUCACCAGGGGCUUCUUUUGGACUGGGAGGAUGAUGUGAAGUGGUUGUUUGAUACACUAGGAGAAGGGGGCAUGGGAAUCGGCUACACAGUGUACACAGAUUGGCUUGAUCUAGUGCAAUCCAGUCGGUUGGCACUUGGGUCUGAGUCAAAUGGAGUAUCGGACCAGACCAACAUGCCAUCAGAUGAUGAAUCUGACGAUGGGGAUGAGCCUCAAAACGGGAACAGGGAUAAUAACGACGAAUACUUAGAUCCUGGUGUACUCGCAUCCCUGUUGGGGCAAGCCGAUUUACAAAACAUACCUGAUCAUGAGCCCACCAUUUGAAAUUGGUGUUCGAGAACAUCUUGAUAGAUUUCUUUUUUGGCCUUGUAUUCUGC